GUCUCUACACUGAAGUAGCCUGUUUCUUAAUUCAACAAAAAAAACAAACGAUAUAAAAUAAAAUGACAACUAAAAGAGGUAUUUAGAGAAUUCUAGAUUUCUUUCAGUUUCCUCUUCAUUCUCAGUAGUAUCGUGAUCGAGGUUUUAGCAACAAAUGGCAACAGAAAAGAGUCAAUCCGAAAACCCAUCACCUGCUGCCCCGAGUCCGGCGGUCACUUCAUGCCGAAAGAAGAAGUCGGAAAGUGCCACUUUCUUGGAGGAUGUAAAGGACCACAUCGAUGAGUUUAUUCAUGCUUCUAUGGAUGAACACAAGACUUGCUUUAAAAAGAGCAUUCAAAAGAUGUUUGGAAUGUCAAAAAUUGUUGCAGAAAGGAGUUCCAACACCAAGGAAGUUGAAAGUACUUUGCCCCUUCAAACAACUGUAUCUGACUAGAGUGUCUUCUAUGCUUCUUUAAUAGCUUGAUAUCAUAGUUUAAAACCGCAUCAUCAUGUAGAGCUAAUAAUUUACGAUUUUAGGCAUGUAUGAACUUAAUAGGAUUUUGCGAUGGCAUAUGUUUGAUUAUCAUGGAUGAGUAUGUUCCCAGAGAAAGGGGCUUUAGUUAGUGGCAUGUAUGAACUUAAUAAGAUUUUGCGAUGGCAUAUGUUUGAUCAUCAUGGAUGAGUAUGUUCCCAGAUAAAGGGGCUUAGUUAGUGGCAAGGUAAAGUUUUGAAGAGUUCUGAAAAUGACAAUCUUAUCUACGACUGAAUAGAUGUGGUAUCAAUUUUGUUA